AGUUACAUUUUUGAGUUGGCUUAAUUGUACGGCGGGUCCAGGCGGGGAGGCGAGUAGCACCGCCCCUGCUGAGGGCGGCAGGAGCGAAGCAGAUACAAAGCUGAGAUGGUGAUUGGAAGCGAUAGAGGAAGGAUUUAGGCUGAGCAUUAACGAGAGAGAGAGAUAGAGAGAGAGAGAGAGGACGAGGUCUCUCCUUCUUUCCAUCCUCCAGCAUCCCGUCUGAAGCGGCGCUCGCGAGGAGGAGCAGCAGGACGAGGAGGAGCGGAAGAGGCAGGACGAGGACGACGGGGGUGGGCACCAAAGUGCACCUUUUUGCUACUUUUCACACCCGAGGACUUGGCUGCUCUUCUUCCGCAUGCCGGACCCCUCCGGGAAGACACUUGAGUGAGGACAAGAACGACGAGAAAGUGUCCGGCGGGACGAGGAGGAUGACGGGUGGCGAGGAUGACAGCGGACGGACCGGGGACGGGGGUCUUUGAAGGGAGGUGUGGGGCCGGGGGGAGUUGUGUACACUCCGGCGAAGAAAAGUGCUGAGCUGUCCCACGGAUGCGCUCGGCGAGUAAGUGACGACCACGCCAUCAUUUCCACAUCCACACUUGCUUUCAUUCUCACAAAAUGAGGAAGGGUUGACUUUUUUUUUUGAUUGCGCACUUUGCAGUGCAUUACGGUACACGCCUCCUGCUGUGUGGGCAGACCUCGUUUCCUAACUUUAUUCCAUGAAGGAUGAAGAUGUUCAAACUUGUCUUGUGUCCCACCAGGACGGUCAGGCAGUGAGUCCUUGGGACCUUUGAGGCGCCCCAAGAGCAACACUAUGAUUCAGGUGCACGCCCGUCCCGGUCCAGUUCUGUGCCCGCUGCCGCCCGUUUGCCUCAGGAAGACCUCCAUCCAGACUAGAAGAGGAGCGACGUGUCCCUCCGUCAGCGGACCCCUAAGAAGCAUUCGUUAGUAGGAAUCCCCGCUUCAUGCCCGUCGCCCCCCCGCUGAGCUCCGUGGCCCCCUCGCCCCGCGCCGGACGCGCGCCCCCCGCCCGCCUGCCAUGCUCCUUCAGGCCGCCCUGCUGCUGCUGCACUGCUUGGCCUCUAGCCUGGGCCAGUACGAACUGUGCAAGUCCCUGGUGAGCACGGAUGACGGCUCCGUGUGGGAGCACUACGCCUGCCAGCCCAAAGCGGCGGCCAUGAAAGACCACAUGAGGAUCAAGGUGGAUCCGACCGGGAUCACGUGCGGGAACCCGCCCGAGAGGUUCUGCACCCUGGAGAACCCGUAUCUGUGCAGUGAUGAGUGUGAUGCCUCAAACCCAGACUUGGCACACCCUCCUCAGCUGAUGCAGGACCGCGAACGCAACGGUCUGAUAACCUACUGGCAGACGGUCACAUGGCGUCGCCACCCGGAGCCAUUGCUGGCCAACAUCUCUAUGUCGUGGAAUAAGAGCUUGGAGCUCAGCGACGACAUCCAGGUCACCUUCGAGUACGGCCGGCCCACCAUCAUGGUCCUGGAUAAAUCCAUGGACAACGGGCGCUCUUGGCAGCCGUACCAGUACUUCGCCGACGACUGCCUCGACACCUUCAACAUGCCACCGAAGCGCGUGAGCGACCUCUCGCCCGCCAACGUUACCCGGGUCAUCUGCACCGAGCAAUACUCGCGCUGGGUCGGCUCCAAGAACGACAAGAACGUCAAGUUCGAGGUGCAGGCGCGCUUCGCCGUGUUCGCCGGCCCGCGGCGGCAGAACAUGGACAGCCUGUACACGCGCAUGGAGAGUAUGAAGGGACUGAGGGACUUCUUCACCUUCACCGACCUCAGACUUAGGCUUCUCAGGCCCGCCCUGGGGGGCACGUACGUACAGAGGGACAACCUGCUCAAGUACUUCUACGCCAUCUCCAACAUCGAGGUACCUGCCAGGUGCAAGUGUAACCUCCAUGCCUCCCAGUGCCUGCUGCAGGAUGGCAACCUCCAGUGCCAGUGUGAACACAACACCACCGGGCAGGACUGCCAGCGCUGCAAGAAGGGCUUCAAGGCCAAGUCCUGGAAGGCCGGCUCUUACCUACCUACACCCAAUGGAACUCCCAACACCUGUUCCAUUGCUGGUUCGCCCUCCGGUACUAACACAGCUUUCGUGUCCCGUAUGCAAGAGGAGACUUACGGCCACCAAGGUACUUUCUCAUUCGAGCAUGAGGAUGACCAAGAAGUUUCCCACAGUCCUGAGGGACACAUACAUGACACUCAUGGCCACAAACACUCAUUGUCAUCUGCGCAUGAGGGGGAAACGAGAGUUUCCCAAAAGUCAGAGGGAAACGCGCAUGAGACUCAUGGCCACGAAGGUGCUUUCUCAUCUGAACACGAUAAUGACAGAAAAGGAAGAAAACUUUUUUUGCUCUUGAAUGCCGUAACUUCCCACAAGCCUAAUGGCCACAGUUUUUUCUCAUCCGUGCAUGAUAAUGACAAAGAAGUUACCCGUGAGUCUUAUAAAGAUGCACAUGUGGCUCACGGCCACAAAGUUACUUUCUCAUCCAAGCAUGGGGAUGAUGGAGAGGAUGAAGAAGACAGCCAAAUGAGAGUUUCCCACAAGUCUGAAGGACGUGCAAAUGAGACUCAUGGCCACAGGGACCAUUUCUCAUCUGAGCAUAAAAUAGACCGAGAAGAUGAAACAUUGUACUACGGUUUUCCUUUCCUUGAUGUAGCUUCCCACAAGUCUGAGGGACAGGCACAUGAGACUCGUAGCCACAAGGAGAAUUUCUCAUCUGAGCAUGAAAAUGACAGAGAAGCUUUCCACAAAUCUGUGGGGCAAGCACGCGAAACUAAUGGUCACACUACUUCCUCAUUUGGGCAUGAGGACAACAGAGAAGCUUCACACAAAACCAUGGGACAUACGCGUGAGACUCAUGGUCAUGAAGAUACUUUCUCAACUGAACAUGAGAAUGACAGAGAAGCUUCCCACAAGCAUGCUGGACAUGUGCAUAGGUCUCAUGGCUACACUACUUUCUCAUUCGAGCAUGAGGAUGACAGAGAAGAUUCCCGCAACUUUGAGGAACUCGCGCAUGAGACUCAUGGCCUCAAAGGUACUUCCUCAUCUGGGCAUGAGGAUGACAGAAAAGCUUCCCACAAGUAUGAAGGACACGUGCAUGGGACUCAUGGCCACAGUACUUUCUCAUUUGAGCAUGACGAUGACGGAGAAGCUCCCCACAAAUCUGAGGGACAUGCACGCGGGAGUCAUGGCCAUGAAGAUAGUUUAUCAUCUGAGCAUGAGAAUGACAGAGAAGUUUCACAUAAUCCUGAAGAAGAUGUGCAUGAGAUUCAUGGCCACAAAGGUACUUUCUCAUCUGAGCAUGAAGAUGACAGGGAAGCUUCCCACAAGUAUGAGGGACACGUGCAUGGGACUCAUGCACUCAGUACUUUCUCAUUUGGGCAUGAAGAUGACAGACAAGCAACAAGCCAGUCUGAAGAGGAUGCGCAUGAGACCCAUGGCCACAAAGGUGCUUCCUCAUCUGGGCAUGAGAAAGACAGAGAAGUUUCACACAAUUCUGAGGAACAUGUGCUUGAGACUCACGGCCACCAAGGUAUUUUCUCAUCUGAACAUGAGGGCGAGAAAAAAGCCUCCCACAAGUAUGAGGGACACGUGCACGGGACUCAUGGACACAGUACUUUCUCAUUUGAGCAUGAAGAUGGCAGAGAAGCAACCCACAAGUCUGAGGGGGAUGUGCAUGAGACCCAUGGGCACAAAGGUACUUUCUCAUCUGAGCAUGAGAAUGACAGGGAAGUUUCACACAAUUCUGAGGGACAUGAGCUCGAGACUCACGGCCACCAAAGUAUUUUCUCAUCUGAACAAGAGGGCGACAAAAAAGGCUCCCACAAGAACGAUGGUCAUGCACAUGAGGCUCAUGGUCACAGUUCUUUUUCAUCCGGGCAUGAAAAUUACAACAAAGAUCCCAUGCAUCAGAAACAUGCUCAUGGCCACAAAACAACAACUUCUCCUGGGCAUGAGGGGAAACAAGCUGAAACGAGAGUCCACCACAAGUCUGGGGACCAAGGCCAUGAAACAACCCCACCACAUGACAGCAAUGAAAGACAAGUUUCUCACACGCACAUGCAUGAAACCCACAACAGUCACACAAACGAGCACGACGAGGAGGGAAACCACGGCAAAGUCGAUUCCGAGUCUGCGGACCGUCAUGGCCAUAGAACGGCAACUUCAUCCGAGCAGGAGGAAGACAGAGAAAGAGGACAUAAGAAAAGCACAGGGCUCCUCAAACUUUUGAUGUCAGGACAGCCCGGGGCCAGACAUUUGUUUGGAAUCAUAUAUGAUGAUUUCAAAGACUGUGAAUGCUACGGACACUCCAACCGCUGCAGCUACAUCGACUACCUGAACAUUGUCACAUGCGUCAGCUGCAAGCACAACACCAGGGGCCAGAACUGCCAACACUGCAGACUGGGAUACUUCCGCAACGCCUCUGCUGAGCUGGACGACGAGAGCGUCUGCAUCGAGUGCAACUGCAACCAGAUGGGUUCCGUCCACGACCGAUGCAACGGCACGGGCUUCUGCCAGUGCAAAGACGGCGUCAGCGGGGCCAAGUGUGAGGACUGUCUGCCGGGAUACCACUGGAAGCAAGGCUGUUACCCCAACAUCUGUGACGAGGAGAUGCUCCGGUGCCAGAACGGAGGGACCUGCUCCCAGAACCAGAAGUGCAUUUGUCCCCCCGAGUUCAAGGGGGUGCUGUGCCAACAGUCGCGCUGCGAGGCGGGCAAAGACUGCAACGCCGCCCCAGCGUGGCGCCCCUCAGCGCUCGCCCUGCUGCUUUGCGCCCUGCUAGCCACGCUAACACCCCACUGAGCCACGCCCCCCCACCCUCACAGGCCGAGGUGUGUGUGUGUGUGUCGGGACGACCCAAAGGCGGAUGAGGCGCCAUCCCGGUCACGGACAGACCCGAGCCACUUGCACGGCAGCACUCAAUAAAGCUCACUGGCACUCACAACACUGAGCCCUAGCACACACACACAUACACACACACGCUAACUCACAGGACUGACCCAGUGUGUGCUCAGGUGCCAGAUGGACAGAAAAGAAACAAGGCAAAAGAGAGAUGCAGGCUAAACUAUCAAUAUAUAUAUAUAUAUAUAAAAAUAUAUAUAUAGUAUAAAUAUAUUAUCUAAUCAUACCAACCACUGUUCCCUUUAUUCCUGAGCAGGAGCAACAUGCAUCGAACCAAAAAGCAGCGACACACACAUCUCUACUCAUUCACUGGCUUCACACACACCAGGACGGCUUUUCUUUUCUCGCACCCCUCGUGAAGGCCGGAAGGACGAGCCCCGAGGAGGCCUGCGCACUACAUGAGAAUAAUAACAACAACCAGGUUUCAUUUCUUCUCAACCAAGACUUGGUUCGACAUCUACUCGAUUUCUGCUGCGUAUUGUUUUUUUUGGUUCAAAUGAUAUCUUCAGUUAAUGUAUCGAAUGUACCCACUUCCAGUCGCUGAGAUUAAACAUGUUAUGUAAUAGCCAACGGGUCACGGCGGAUAGAAGAUGUAGUCACUCUUAUGGUUGCUAUGGGAACGAGCGAUUGCCAGCACCACACUUAUCUAGACUAUGACACAACAUAUAAACGACGGAGAGUAUCGAGCGAGUAUUGACAAUAUAUGGCAUUAUUUGAGUAUUUUUUGUAGAAAUUAUUUUUGUUUGAGGUUAUAAUAAAUGAUGUAGAAAAAAAAAAUAUUUACAACAAUUCAAAGGAGCAUUUUCUUACGCCGGGUGUAAAUCUUGCAGUAAAUAUGACUGUUACUUGCCUUCUUUCUUGUACUUUCCUCCCAUGCCACAAUCAUAUUUACGCGCUUUCCCACUUCCUGUCUGACAAUCACAAAUGACUGCUCUUCUGUGCGGGAAAACUACAGGUUGUUUUGUACGCCGAAUCAAACAAAAGAGAGAGACUUUAUACACAAAUGGCGCCCUGGAGGUGGGAGCCGCUCUUCAGUUAACGCCAUGCUAACGUUUGGAAAUGCUCCGUCAUCCCAGGGACGUACGGCAAAUUUAAAGUAAGAUCUCGGGGCCGUUUAUGCAUUUAAAUCAAAGAUCAUUCUAAAAACUGUGUCGCGCUCAAAUGGGUAUGGAAAGAUUUAUUUAAAAAAAUGUAAAUUAAAAAAAGUUAUAGGGCUUGAAAGUGUGAGGUAGUACAAGAAUUGCAUUGUGGGUUGAGACAGCUUAUCUACAUGGCUGAAUGCAAAAUGCUAAAGUUUUGUUCUUUUCAUUAACGACAUCAUUAACUGCCGUGAGACGAUCAAACAUGACUUUUAAAGCCAUCACCUGGUACGUGUUGGUGUGUUCACUGCAUUUUCACACUGGUACGUUUAAAUGGAAGCAUGUUUUAUUCAGUUACACACUUGGAGCAUUUAGUAGACCGUUAGCAUUUGCCAAGCUACCUUAGGGGCUACAAACAACGUACAGUCUUUGGGUAAAAAGUCUAUUUUCAGUCUUGGGCAAAAAUGAAUAAUACUCAUUCAUUUGUGCGCAGUGAUCAAAGUAUUUAAAAGUCUUUUUUUUUUUUUUAAAGAAACCUGCUUAUAAAAUGAGGCUUGGCUAGGCUUUUUUUUUUUAAACCCUUAGGGCUUCCCUCAAGUUUGGUCCCGGGGACCUGAAAGGGUCUCAGUCAGAAAAAAAUUAAAAUCAUAUAUUAUUAUUUUUUUUACAUUUCAUGUUUAAAAAACAAAAACAAACCUAAAGUGAAGUAAAGUGAAUUAUAUUUAUACAGCCCUUUUUCUCUCAAGACUCAAAGCGCUUUACAUAGUGCAGGGGUCGCAACUCGCGGCUCAGGAGCCGCAUGCGGCUCUUUGACCACUCUGAUGCGGCUCGGCUGUUUCCCAGGAGACUUACGGAUCUCAGUGCCUCUCCUAGAAAUCUCCCGGGGCAAAUUUUCUCAGAUUUUCACUCUAACUACUAAAUUAAGGGCGUGCCCUAAUGACACUGCAUUUAUUG